AUGUGUGGAAUGUAAUGUAAUACCCAUUAACCCAGGAUGAAAAAUAUUUGGCUGCUCCACACAUGUGACAUCAUUAUUUCGAACUUAAGAUUCAAUGUCAUCUCUACAAUGUUUCUAAAUAUAAUUGGCUGAGCAAAUUAAAUAAGUAAAUUGAUGGUACAUUGAUAUGAAACCCAAAAGUAAAAGUUGAGUUAAGAGUUCUAGGAAGAUAUAAAAGUGUCGCACAUUUACGAUACUAGCAACAAAUUUAUAAGAUGUUAGACAAGGGGAUGAGAAUCUGAGAUUGGAGGAGGCUAAGUUUUAAAAUUAAUAUCAAGAAAUAUUU